AUGGCAUCGUCAACACCACUGAAAUCAACCGCUGUCGUGACCGAUCCGGUAAUACCAUACAUGGAAAUGAUUCCGGAUAGAUUGUAUCCAGGUCGAAGUGUCAUUAUCAAGGGAGCCGUUCUGCAUGAUCCAUAUCAGAAACGUUUUGUUGUAGAAUUUUGUUGUGGUUUGCUCAUUGAAGGCGAUCAUCGAGAUGACAAAGCGUUACAUUUCAAUCCUCGAUUCGAUACUGGUAGCUCAUGGUUUCGUACUCCGCCUGAUCGACAAAUUGUAUUAAAUUCGUUAAUUGGCAACCGAUGGGGUAUGGAGGAGCGCUACGCAAAUGUUUUCAAAAAAGGAAAUGAAUUUUCACUGCGCAUUUUGGUGCUUACUAAUUAUUUCAAUAUUGCUGUGGAUGGUCGUCAUUUAUGUGACUAUUUACAUCGGAUACCGAUCACUGAUAUUAGGACAAUUUUUAUAGCAGGGAAUGUGCGAAUCAGCACAAUUGAAUAUCAGGACAUUAAUAAUACUGCAAUUCCCAAACAAAUGGAAUUAACUGACGAAGUUGGCAAACUUUUCAUCAACGAUAUUAUUCGCAAGCCUAAGAUCCCUUUUAAUAUGCGUUUGGGGGAAAGAUUGUCAUAUGGUAUAAAAGUAUUAGUUACUGGCACUCCUCUAAUGAAUGCUGAGUGUUUCACUAUUGACUUUUUGACACCGAUGGAACACUUCUUCCAUUUUCGAGUGGAUUUUGCAGUGGGAAAUGAAAAGCAAGAAGCAGUGGUGCGAAAUAGUACGGAGUUUGGAGAAUGGCAAAAGGAAGAACGUGAAAUGUGUUUCUUCCCUUUUCGACGAGGAAAUACCUUUGAUAUCAUGUUUCAUUUUGAGGAAGAGUACAUUUCUAUAACAGUUAAUAGCAGUCAUUUUGUUAAUUUUAAUUACCGAAGAUCUUCCAAGCUGAUGCAUGUCGAAAGUAUCACCGUGAAAGGUGAUCUGAGCCUGCAGAAAAUUGAGUUCCGGUAA